AGCUAUUCAGCCACGAACAAUUCGUUGCCUUUGCAGUCAGAUCUGGGUAAUGUCACGAUCACUACGCACUUUCAAACAGACCAUAAGGUGCCAAUUCCGCGGCUACAACGCCCGGGAUCGAAGCAGGCGGCCUCUGGAUCCGAUCGACAGCGAGUUAGCCAUGCCUGUGAGCCCUGUCGCCGCCGAAAAUCCAAGUGUGAUGGCCUUCAGCCACCAUGUGGCCGAUGUAGGGACCAAGAAAUUCAUUGCUAUUAUGAAGAUGGGAAACGAGAAAAGCUGAAACGGCAGGUUUGCCUUUUAUAUGUCUCUUCAACUUAGGACUUCGAACUUCACUAUAGCUGGCACACCCAAAAAUCUUUUGACGAAGCGCUCCAUUGGCAAGUGCGCUUGGUCAAUUCAAACUGCCAACACCCACUUCCACGUUCUUGACGUUUGCUGAGUGCUUUAAUGUCAGGAAUGCACGAACAAUGGCUGCUAAGGUAGAGCGGUACGAAAGUCUUCUUUCGGAAUUGCUCCCAAACCAAGAUGCCAACAGACAGCAGGACAUUCGGAAUGCAUUGUCAGAGAGGCGCUUUGCCGAAGAAGACUCUCUCUCUGGCGAGGAUGCAAUUGAAGAUGAGCACUCAGUUUUAGUAUCAACAACAUCUCCGCAACUCCAGAAUUGUGCUCAGCACAACGCUAUCGUAUCAGUGGGAUCGGCUGGGUACCUUGGAAACUCGUCAGUUGUCCAUUGGGUUGAAGAGGUGAUGAUGAAGCUGGCCACAAACAAGCUCGUCUCAAAAUCCCAUGACCUGACGCCCGGAGCUCUUGAUAGUCUCGCCAGUAUGGCUGACGAGCCGAGUCUGAAUGAUAUUGAAUCGCUAUUGGUGCAUGACUGCACCUACUUUGCAAAUGACAUUACCCAGUCCCAGGUCUCUGGUAUUUCUCAGUCAAUUGAUGCUGCCCUCCAGCUACCUCCGAAGUCAACAGCGGAACUGCUAAUCGAUUCCUACUUUUCUACUGUGCACCCCGUUUUCCCGGUUAUUGCGGAAAGGAACUUUAUACCCCAGUAUCUUUCUUACCGCGAAACAACACAGCCUCCUAAUGGAAGUUGUCUGUGGCUGGCAAUUCUCAAUGUGGUCUUCGCUAUCGGCGCGUUGUUCAGCGAGCGUGUUCGGAUGCCCCAUGAGGGUCUAGACCACAUUGUCUACUGGAUAAGAUCCCGCGUUUUGGGCCAAGAACCCAUUCAAAUGAUAAAUCUGCCUACAAUGGAGCAUAUUCAGCUCUUGACAAUCAGCGGGAUGUAUUGUAUUGCUAGCUAUCAGAUAAAUAGGGCUUCAUACUUAAUAGCUUUGGCCGUUAGAUAUGCCUACGGUCAGGCGCUACAUCUGGUUGAUAAUCCCCCAAAUACUUCCGACGAAGAAAGAGAGCUUCGAGUGAAGGUUUGGCAUUCGCUUUGUUCCGCCGAACGAUUGCUAUCUCUCCUAACCGGGCUUCCUUCCUCGAUUCAAGAUCGACAUAUAAGCACACAACUGUCGAGCGCCACAGAUACUUACUAUUCUAAUCCAUCAGCAGCAGAACGCUUUGCCUCGCAAGGAUCGACACUGACAAUUCCCAUGGCGGGUAGCCGGAAGGGUUCAUUGUCGUGUGAUUUCGAUGUCUUUGUUGCCAGUCUUCGCUUGGACUCGAUUGUCAAUGAGGCCCUGGGUGCUCUGUACAGCUCGAGUACGGUAAAUCAAACAUGGGCACGUGUCCAAAAAAUGGUUAUUGAUUUAAACAGCAAACUAAUUCACUGGGAAAAUGACCUUUCUCCUGGUCUCUUGGUCUCACCGAAGCAUGAUAAUAUUGCAGGGGUGCCCUUGGCUCAGCGCAUGUAUCUCUCGCUUAGAUAUUUGAGUGCAAAGAUGCUUAUUAAUAGGCCGGGCCUCUGCGAUAUAUACAAGCUAAAUGCAGCAAUUCCUUCUCAGUCUGAAGCUUCUCGACAAUCAGAUGCAGACGCUGCACUGCGCUGCCUAUCAGCAGCACGAAACCUAGUCCAACUACUACCGGCCCAUGUCGAUGCUGUCGAAUUCUAUCGUGCGACACCUUGGUGGUGUGCCCUUCAUUACCUGAUCCAAGCUGGUGUGGUUUUGAUGACGGAGGUAUCCUUCGAUAUGCAGCAUAUCCCGGCAGAGAAAGAAAAUAUUAUUGCGGAAUCAGCUCUUGUGAUUCGAUGGCUCGAAGCACUUUCGAUUACCAGCGACUCCGCCCAUCGUGCAUCUCUGAGUUUAAAUCGCCUUUUGAAGCUCGCAUUGGAGAAGGCGGGUAAACCCGCUGGCAAUACCCUGCCGUUCUCUCCGGACACGUCAAUUCCCGGAGCAUCGUCGCAGCAGGUGCUCCCUUUUAAUACCCAGGACCCCAAUUUCUUGAGUGGCACCAACUGGGGCCCUGCCUCCCCCUCCUAAACCAUCCACCGCUACAGCGGGGUCUUGUCGUCGGCAAUGAUCGGCAUGAUGAAUUUUAUAGAACCAGUAUUUAUACGGAGAGAUGCAUAAUGCUGAAUACUUCCAUGAGUGACCGAAAGCUUGAACUAAGCAAUUCUAAUCAUCUUUUUAGACACAACAGACUUUUCAUUUUUACUUAUAGCAGAGAAGACUUAAUAUCAAAAUCAG